AUGGCCUCUCCACCGACGCUCCCGAUCUCGACCUCCCAAUCUGACAUGGCGGCGCCGUCGAUCUCCACCCCCGCCUUCCGCUCCUUCCUCUCCAACCUCUCCGCAAACAUCCGCCACGGUUUCUCCCAGCGCCGCCCCUGGUACGAACUCCUCGAUCGCUCUUCCUUCGCCCGCCCAGACUCCUUAUCUGAAGCUGCCUCCCGCGUCCGCAAGAACUUCUCGUACUUUCGUAUCAAUUACAUUUCCCUGAUCGCGCUUUCACUCGCGCUCUCCCUUAUUUCCCACCCCUUUUCGUUACUUGUUCUCUUAGCCCUACUUGGUGCGUGGCUUUUCCUUUACUUGUUCCGUCCUUCGGAUCAGCCACUUGUUAUCGCCGGACGCACUUUUUCGCCUCGUGAGAUUUUGGGGAUUUUGGUGGUGUCUACCAUAGUUGUGGUGUUCCUCACCAGCGUUGGAUCGCUGCUCAUCUCAGCUUUGCUUGUUGGCCUAGCUGUUGUUUGUACACAUGGUGCAUUCCGCGUGCCUGAGGAUUUGUUCCUGGACGAUUCAGAGCCGGCUAAUGCUGGGUUUCUUUCCUUUCUAGGCGGCGCAGCUUCCGCCGCGGCUGCAGCUGCCCCAUCCGUCGCUACGCGUGUGUAA